AAUAUUUCUGCUUUUAUUAUCUACAGAGAAGGACAGUGAGUUCCGAUUGCCAAAGUAUUUUUAGCUCUGUUAUCUUUUAUCAUUUCGUCUCAAACAACACAAUGAUAUAACCGAGAAUUAUCUUGUGACAUAAGUAUGUCAUCUGUCAGAUUUUUGUCAUACCUCUUCAAGUACUGUCAGAUAUUCUGGGGAUUUUUUUUACAUUCAGCACAUUCUGACAACUCGAGAAACAUCUCUUUACACAACAUAUGACGUCAUCUGAUUGGGGAAAUCCCCAGCUGUCUCUAUAUAUACCUUAUGAAAUCUGUUGUCGUAAAAAAAUAUUGCUUUUUCUGUUAUCCAGGCACAGCAUUGAUCUUUUCUGGUAAGCUCACUUCGAAAUAAGAAAAAUGAUGUUUUCAAUUCUUGUACUGCUUUUUGUGUCAAUAUUCAAAAUCAGGGCUGAUUCCUUGUUACCCAGUACUAACGAUAAGAACUCUACAGCUAUAAUCAACGAGAGACGCGACAUCCAGGAAAUAGACGUUCUGCGACAGCUCAUCAACCAGGAGACUCUCAUCCGGGUAUCUGUUGUCAAUGACGUCAGGGCAGCUGUGGAUGACGUUACCUCUUUCAAGAGAAACAUGGCAUCAGCAGAAACCACGGUCUCCUCCUUACAGCGGGCACUAAAUGGAUUAAAAGUUCAGGUCGAUUCUCUAACACAGGAUAAGAAUUCAGCGGAGAAAACUGAAACAUUACAAAGACACGUCGAUAAUCUUACUAGUCAGAACCAGAUUUUAAAGCAAAGGAUAGAACAGUUGGAAUCACACUUUGAAAUAAACAAGACAAAAUCUUUACAACAGACUAUAGAAGUAUUACAAACACAGGUUGAUUCUUUGAGCAGGGAAAAUAGGAGAAAAAACAAAAAGAUAGCAAUAAAUUUUAAGAACAAAAUUGAAGAAGCCGAGCAGAAGUUCAAUAGAAACAUCGAAGAAAUUUACAAGCUUCUAAACGAUAGAACAUUGGAAACCGUGAAGAAAGAUUCAAAAAUAAACAGGGAUUGUCAGGAUCAAUUUCUACAAGGUCAUAAACAAUCUGGUGUAUACAAUAUAAACCCCUUCGGUAACGAGACCCAGGUAGAUGUAUACUGUGAUAUGGAGAAAGAAGGUGGCGGGUGGACAGCAAUCCAGAAGCGGGUGAGCGGAUUCGUAAGUUUUAACAGAACGUGGGCGGAGUACAAGGAUGGAUUUGGUAACCCUAGUGACUCCUACUGGAUUGGAAAUGACGUCAUUCACCAGCUUACUAAGGGAAGAAACUCCUCCCUCUACGUCUCCAUUACAUUAUACAAUGGUACAGAUUUAUAUGAACUUUAUCAACAGUUCUCUAUGUCUGAUGAAAGGGAGAAUUACAGACUUUUUCUUGGAGGAUCAGCUACCGGGACGUUGGGGGACAGCAUGUCAGACACGGGGAGUCCCUACUUUGAUCUGUCUGGGAUGUCCUUCUCCACCGUAGACAGGGAUAACGACGUGUCUGGAGGGAGCUGUGCUAUUGAUUACGGAGGAGGAGGAGGAUGGUGGUAUAACAGGUGUAAAGACGCCUACCUUAACGGCCCCUGGUCCUCGGGAGACUGGACGAAGCCGUGGUAUCCUACUGUACGGAGAGGGGCGGAUGUCAGAGAGACGAAGAUGAUGAUCAGACGUCAUUAGACAGAACAUUCAAAGGAAGAAAAUUUGAUGAUGUUUUUGAGAACCGUCCGCGUUUGUUCUGCUCCUAUUUUGUAUUGUUUUGUGGAGUUUGAUUUUGAAUACUGUUCCGUUAUAUCCAUAUCCUUCAUGAAUAAUGAAAAACACUAUAAUUAAAAAUCAGAAAUAAAUAAUUUUCAUAAAAUAGACACUUUUAUUUCAUUUUAUAGUAUUCUUUUAUUCAUAGCAAUGUUCUAUAAAUUCCGAAUUUAUAUAAAUGUUUCUUAACAAAAUAUGCGUCCUUAUGAAAGGAUAUCCUUUCCUGGGUCCUGUUGGACAAAAAUUUAGAAUUUUAUCAUUAUCAUUGUCUGUUGAUGCAUUUUGAUUAAACUUAGGUAAGGAAUAUCCUGUUCUUAUAAAAUAAUUAUGCCAUGUGAAAAUAAUUGAAGGGAUAGAACAAAUAAAAAUCGAUACAAUGUUUCAUAUUAAAAAUACAAUAUUUUUAUAAAACUUACGUUUUAUAUGUAUAUUUAACUUCAUUAAGAACCGAAUAAAAUAUCAAAUAUCAUGC